AUGGGUCAAGGAUCAAGUCAAUCAACACCUCGUCUCGAAGACAUUCUCACCUCUCCCUCACAAUGGUUCUACUUUCGUGAUUAUCAGGCUCAUGCAACAUGUUCUGAAAAGAUUCGCCUCUAUAAAGAGUUGAACAAACUUGUUGAUUUACGAAGUGGUGUUGAUGGUGAUGAAGAGUUUCAUGAUGAUGGUUCCGACGCACAUAAAACAUAUCAUAACAAAUCUGUAAAUAAUUUAUCAUCGGAGGAGAAGAGAAAAAGUAAUCAAAAAUAUGAACAAUUGAAGGAUUUAAUGUUAGAGAAUGCAUGUGUAAUGUGUCAGACAUUUUCGGGAAGGAUUGAGGAAGUGGAGAAUGAAAAUAAGUUGAGAGAAUGUUUUGGUGAUGAAUUGGUGGAUUGGAGUCAAAUGAAGAAGAGGAAUAAUGAGGAAAAAUUUAAUGAAGAGGAACAAUUGUUGAGUUUACCAAUUUUACCUUUGGAUUAUGAUAGAUUAUUAUAUUGUUUUCAAAGUAAUAAUGCAACGAUACCAAUGUUUGAUGCAUUGGCCAAGCACAAAUCAUUCCUGACACAGAGAGGAUCUUUACGAGAAUUAUUUCCACACAUUACCAAUAAUUUGAGAGAACAAAGGCCUAUUGCUGAAUUAUUUUCGAUUAAGAAUACACCAGAACAUAACUUUUCAUUGUUGAAAGACUUGUCUAAUAAGCAAGCUUCUAAAGAAUUUCAAGUUUUAGAUAGUUGUAUCAACAAGUCAGAAGCUCAGGUCAAUCCAAACAGUACAAGCUGUUUGGGUGAAGCUUUAAUUUAUUCACAUGCAGUCACACCAAAAUUUUGCCAGAGACAAAUUAGAGAUUGUCUCGAGCGAAAGAUUCCUUCGUUCGUUGUCAAUGGUUUGGAUGAUGAUGAAGCUUGGGAACACUUGUCAGUCAUUGACUAUACACAAUGUUUGUUGAAUAGGUCUAAGAGUAUGACCUUAAAUGAGGCUCAUGAAUGUUUCGAUAAUGUGAUGGAUUUUAUGGGUGAACAAAUAUUGAAAGAGUAA